AUGGCACGAGCGAGAACCAACUCGACAGCGCCGCGACGACUUGAGCCUGACGACAGCUUUCGGACUGCCCCAAUCACCGCCCACGACGGCGACGACUGCGGCUGCGCCCAGGGCUGCACCGGCGGCGACGGCUGCAACCGGCUGCCCCACAACAUCAUCAUCGCCCGUAUCCUAGACUCGGGUAAACUAUCGAGGAAUUACGCUAUGAGAGACGCCAGUAUGCAGCUAGUUAUCAGAGGCGCUACUCCUGAGAGUGCAAUGUCAGGCCCGUCAGCGAUAUACCAGUUGCGGCGUUUGACUGCUCGCGAUAAGCCCCGGAGCUACUGUGCGCUCGUUGUCAUCGUUGCCACCCAGCAACUGAGCCUCCCUCUGGCCUCGCGCUUCGGGAGGUGCACCUCGUGCUCGUGCAAGAACUGCAAGUGCAAGCCGGGAGAGUGCAAGUGCUAG